GCAAACCGCCAAUAAACACCAAAGAAGAAGAAGAAGCAGCUUCAUUUUCACAACAACUGAGAACUAUCUAGACGUGUUAGUUACGGUUUUCUGACACAUUUGAAGAUGGUUUGCGAGAAGUGCGAGAAGAAACUGGGGCGAGUCAUCACGCCUGAUACCUGGAAAGAUGGGGCUAGAAAUACAACAGAGAGUGGUGGUCGAAAGCUAAAUGAAAAUAAAAUGCUGACUUCAAAAAAAGCCAGGUUUGAUCCUUAUGGGAGAUCUGGAUUUGCCACAUGCAGAAUAUGCAAAAGCUCUGUCCAUCAGUCUGGUUCACAUUACUGCCAGGGAUGUGCUUACAAAAAAGGAAUUUGUGCCAUGUGUGGGAAGAAGGUUCUUGAUACCAAGAACUACAAACAGACCUCAGUUUGAUUUAGUGUUUGUUGCUGGAGAUCUGUCUUUAGCUGAGAAGGGAAUGUUUGUGGAUGACUGUGUUGACUCUUCCAAGUGUUGAGAAUUAUCAUUUAAGUUCACAAAAGAGUUAAGUUUGCGGCGUGUUGUGGCAAUGUUGCGAAAGGAGUGCACUAGUUUAUGACUAUUUAAAUGAAAAUAUGUCAGUGGUAUUUUUCUCUUAAUUUUUCUCAACCUUAGAGCAAUAUAUUGGCUUGUACUGUUUGGACAAUGUAGAUGCCUACCUUGAGUACAUUUGCUGGGAAACAUGUUUUGUAAAUGUUCUUAUUCAUUUGGAACUUUUUUUUAAGUAAAUAAUUUCUCAUUUUAAUACUACCAAACAUGAUGACAUUGGUUAGGCCAUUUAAUACAAAUAAGUU